GCAUCAUGCUUAUUUUUCUUAAAUACAUACGUAAAUCAACAAAUCCAUCUAGACUACAAAAACAAAUUUCCCUGACAACAAGUAAAUAAAAUAAUUUUCAAAUUAAAUAAAAAAUUAAAAAAAAUAUUUAUUUUAUUACAAAAAUUCAAGGUAGGUCAGUAUACCAGGUAUACAAAUUUCACACUGUACACUCCCCAAAAAAAAAAUUCAAGAGUAAAAAGAUGCCGGCGACUGCAACGAUGAUCGGAGCUCUCCUGGGUUUAAGCACCCAGAUUUACUCUAAUGCCCUCCGCAAGCUCCCCUUGAUGCGCCAUCCGUGGGAGCAUGUGUUGGGGAUGGGUCUGGGAGUGGUGGCGAUUAAUCAGCUUGUCAAGUGGGAGGUCAAGCUUGAUCAAGAUCUCGAUAAGUUGCUGGAAAAGUCUAAGGCUGCAAAUGAACGCCGUUAUUUUGAUGAAGACGAAGAUUAGCUAUGGUAGCUUGGAAUGAAUAAAGUUCAAAUUCUGGCGAUGGGCAUUCACUUUCCCAACAGUGUUGGCUUGUACUGUGAAGCUUUAGACAUUUCUGUUAUUUCUCUGCUUUAAUUGUUCGUCUGUAUUUCUGAUUUAGCUCUGUGUUUAUACUUUAUAGGGCUGAUUCAGAUAUAAUUUUCUUCACUCAAAAGUUGAGAUAUAUUAAUGUUGAGAAAUUGCUCUAGUUUCUUUACGAAUGGAUCGAAUUAAUAAUAGCUUCGUAUUGGCCUUGCUGGAAGCACGGUAUUUUAUGACAGCAAUUGUUUGUGCCA